CAUGGUCCGUGGCCUCGGCACCGGCUCCACCCCAUCCACCGCCCUCCGGCGCAUCGCCGACCUCCUCAGCUCCGGCGAGCUCACCGACAUUGUCGGCAUCCCACCUCGAAGAAGACCGAGGGCAGAGGCCGAGGCCCUGGGCAUCCCUCACGACUCGGCUGCGAACCCCGACAAUCGACCUCUCGAUCGACGGCGCCGAACGAGGUCACCCCGUUUCCUCAACCUCGUCAAGGGCCGAGGGGGGUCCCUGCUGAGGGAGAAGAUGAUCGAGGGGGCGAGCAAGAAGUUUGUGGUGAUCGUCGACGAGUCGAAGUGGGUCGAGAAGCUUGGAGGCAGCAGGAUGGCCGUCCCCGUCGAGAUCAUCCCCUUUGGGUGGGAGUACACGCUGGUGAGGCUGAAGAGGAUGUUUGAAGGGAGGGCGGGGUUCGACGCGAGGCUGAGAAUGAAGGGGGAGGAGAUAUUUGUGACUGAUAACUUGAAUUACAUCAUUGAUUUGUUCUUUGAGGAUGGGAUCGAGGGGGAUUUAAACGAGAUCAGCGAUGAGAUGUUGAGGACAGUUGGGGUUGUGGAGCACGGGAUGUUUCUGGGGAUGGCGACCGAGGUGAUUAUCGCGGGGAAGGACGGAGUGGUUGUCAAGAACAAGGAGGACCAAAGGAGGUAGCUUUUUUUUAAAAAAAAAUUCCAAUUUAUUAUUAUGAAUGAAAAAUGGGAGAAAAGAUUUCAUUCUUGUGGCAUUUCAUUUGGGAAAUUUUAGUUUUUAAUGUGUACUAGGAAUUUGCCAUUUAUAUGGGCAACCCAGUGGAUGAUUGGGGCCUAUUGUUGGUUGCUUUACCCCCCAUGAUUAUGGUCGGUAAUAUUUAUAUUUUUAUGAUAUGAAAUGUUCAAUUUUAUACUAACUUCUACUGGUUGGAUGUUGGAUUA